CACUUCGUAUUUUCUAAACAAAUUUCCGACGUCUGUUUAUCACUGUGGCUUUUCCUCUCCUCUCCUCUCCUUAAUAUCUCGUCCGGAAAGUCCUUCGCUGUGCUUUAGUCGCACGAUAGCAAUGUGGUAGUGAGUCAGGCCGAAGGAAUUAGGCAAGCAGGGAGCCCGAGCCUCUGGCGCUCAGCCAAUCGGCUAAUGAGUACAUCAAAACAUCCCAGGACGACUACCUUAAUAUCCACUUACUCAGAUCGUCAUUCCAUCCUGAGCGCAUAGGGAGUAUAUAUGCUACCUCCCCCUUCCUACCAUUGUCUUUUGCGUUUUCUCAGUACCUUAAAAGAGCAACCUUCACCAGAAUCCUGCCCUGGCACAUUUACAUUCAAGCCAAAAUAUUGAGUCACUGGAAGUUCUUCAAUACUAGAUAAUCACUGCAUACUCUUGGCCGCGGAAAGCUUUGAAAGAGAACAGAGAAAUUAAAAUGUCGCCGUCCGACGAGCUAUCCUCGCCCAGCGCUGUCUCACUCUCAAGCGUACCUUUGCCCGUUGAAGCAGGACGAGGACCACGGGCGAUAUACAUCCUUCAGAAUCUCCUUUCAGCAAAAGAAUGUAAAGACAUUAUUAAAUCGCACACCAAUCUUAUUCCUGCAAACGUUACCCCCGAGACAAUCAGAGAUAGACAGGUUUUCCAAGAUGAGGAGCUUGCCAAGAGGGUCUGGAGGAGGAUACAACCUUUCUUCUUGGCUUCUGAGGAAGAAGAAAAGAGAAGGAUUGAAGAUAAGGGACGAAAAAGGAGUAAUGUUGAGGGCAUUGAAGGAAAUGUUGAAGAUAAAGACCGUGAUGUCUGGAAGGUCUCGGGACUUAAUGAGCAUUGGAGACUCGCGAGAUAUGGAAUAGGUGGCAAAUUCUCUCCACAUACAGACGGUCGCCGACUCGCCUCGAUCAACUCGCAAGCAUUCUACACAAUAAACGUGUACCUAAACACUGUCGCUGACGGCUGUGGCGGCGCAACUCGCUUCUUCUCGAGCAACAAAGAGGUAGUAGCACAAGUCAAACCCACUCUUGGCACAGCCGUCCUUUUCCGUGACGAUAUUUGGCAUGAUGGAGAGGUCCUCAUGUGGCCUUCAGGCUAUCCUCAUUCCUCCCAGCCAGUGAAGUACCUCCUUCGCACCGACAUCAUGUUCGACCGCGUCGAUCCCAUCCCGCUCUCUUCCUUCCUAUCACCCACGAACGGCUCGGGAGUAGAAAGCUUUGAGGAGUGGUGUGUGAGAAAGGGAUGGGGUGAGGAUAGAGAGAAGAUGGGUAGGAAAGCAUUGGCUGUUGCGGAGGGAUUAGAAGAUGCGGGUGUAGAUGGGAUGGAAGUUGUGAGGUGGUAUAAAAAGGCUUGGAGGCUUUGGCCUGGGUUGGAAUUUGAGGGACGUGGGGAGGGUGUUUAGAUGGGGUGAGGGGGAAACAAAUUUGGAGAGCUAUGGAAUGAAGUUAUCAAAGGCAAUGUACGAU